AUGUCCAUGGAGCCCAACUCUCUCUUCAUUCCACCAACUGGGUUUUCAUCAGUUUUAAGCUUGGAGUUGUUUCUCUGUCUCUUCCUCCUCGUCUCUGUUUUCUCCUUUUGGCUCUCACCUGGUGGCCUGGCUUGGGCUUUGUCCAAGUCCAGAGCUCAACACCCUUCAAAAACUGCCAUCCCUGGUCCUUCUGGCCUUCCUGUUCUUGGGUUGGUCUUGGCCUUCACUGGCUCUCUGACUCACAGAGUUCUAGCUAAGCUUGCUGAGACCUCAAAGGCCAAACGUUUAAUGGCAUUCUCUGUUGGUUUUACUCGUUUUGUCAUCUCCAGCCACCCUGACACAGCUAAAGAGCUCUUGAAUAGCUCUGCCUUCGCUGACCGACCCAUUAAAGAGUCGGCUUAUGAGCUUUUGUUCCAUAAAGCAAUGGGCUUUGCCCCUUUUGGCGAGUAUUGGAGGAACUUGAGGAGAAUCUCGGCCACCCAUUUGUUUAGCCCGAAAAGAAUAGCUAGUUUCGGGUUGUUUCGGGAAAAUAUCGGGCACAAAAUGGUGGAGGAGAUGAAGGCCUUGAUGGAGAGGGCUGGUGAGGUCGAGGUUAGGAAAGUGUUACACUUUGGGUCUUUGAAUAAUGUCAUGAUGAGUGUUUUUGGAAGGAGCUAUGAGUUUGGAGAAGGGUGUGAAAAUGAUGGCGAGGCUCAUGAGCUUGAGGAGUUGGUGAGUGAAGGGUAUGAGUUGCUUGGGAUUUUCAAUUGGAGUGACCACUUUCCUCUUUUGGGUUUGUUGGACUUGCAAGGUGUGAGGAAGAGGUGCAAGAAAUUGGUGGCAAAGGUGAAUGUUUUUGUUGGGAAAAUCAUAGAGGAGCAUAGGGUUAAGAGAGUUGUGGGUGCUGAUCAUGAAAGUGGUGAUUUUGUUGAUGUGCUUCUUGAUUUGGAGAAGGUGAACAGACUCAGCGACUCUGAUAUGAUUGCAGUUCUGUGGGAAAUGAUCUUCAGAGGGACUGAUACAGUGGCAAUACUCCUGGAGUGGAUUCUUGCAAGAAUGGUUCUACACCCAGAUAUCCAAGCCAAGGCCCAAUCAGAGAUUGACACAGUUGUAGGCACCGAUAACCGGUCUGUAUCAGAUUCUGACCUCCCCAACCUUCCCUACCUCCAUGCCAUAGUCAAGGAAACCCUUAGAAUGCAUCCACCAGGACCUCUCUUGUCCUGGGCCAGGCUUGCCAUCCAUGACACUCACUUAGGUCAUCACUUCAUCCCAGCAGGCACCACUGCCAUGGUCAACAUGUUUGCUAUUACACAUGAUGAGAAGAUCUGGUCUGAUCCCAACGAAUUCAAACCAGAGAGGUUCAUCAUGAAUGAAGAUGUUCCCAUUAUGGGCUCUGAUUUAAGGCUGGCUCCUUUUGGCUCUGGAAGAAGAACCUGUCCUGGUAAAGCCAUGGGCUUGGCCACUGUGGAGCUGUGGCUUGCUCAGUUGCUGCAGAGCUUCAAAUGGGUCCCUUCUGAUGAUCAGUCUGCAGGUGUGGACUUGUCUGAGACCUUGAAACUUUCUCUGGAAAUGAAGCACUCUCUUGUCUGCAAGGCUGUUGCUAGGGUUGUGAUCUGAUCAAAUGCUAU